CUGGCAGGCAAAACUGAUAGAGAACUUUCAAUCUCCCUCUCCCCAACAUCACUUGCCUAGCUUCUAUAUUACUGUCUCAACUGAAGUCUUAUUACUUCACAAGCUUUCGUUAUCAUCUAUCUGGGCCUUUUCGUCACACAUUUUUUUUUUCUGUCUUUCUCUGUCUUGGUACCAUGAGACCUGAAAGGAACCCAUUAGACCUCAACAACUUACCUGAGGAGUAUGGAAGAGAUGGUAAACAAGUCCUUGAAGAUACCUCCAGCAUUGCUACUGAAGCUUCAGAUUCUACUCGUGGUAGAAGAAAGAAAAGUGGCGGAAAGGAAGGAAAAGAUGAACAUGCGAAGGUCUAUGAGUGUAGGUUUUGUUCCCUGAAGUUCUGCAAAUCUCAAGCUCUUGGGGGACACAUGAAUCGCCAUCGCCAAGAGAGGGAGACAGAAACAUUGAACCGUGCUCGUCAGCUAGUCUUCAGUAACGAAAACCUAGCCGCCCAAGGGGUCUCCCAUUUAGGAUUCAGAGAUCUGCAAAUGGGAAGUGGUCAACAAAUCCCAUCUGGAAGAUAUCAUCAUCAUCAAAAUGCAAGUAUGGGAGGAGACCCAUCUAUGGCAACCUUCAGACCAGUUUACCCAACAAGAAUAUUACCACCACCAUCUCCACCUCCUCCUCCUCAACCUAAUUACCUCUGCAGCUCUUCUCGUUUUGUUUCCUUUCCACCAUCUCAGUACCGACCACCACCACCACCAACAUCUCCUUUUCCUCCUCAUUCCUUGAAUGACUACGUGGUUGGCCAUGUCUUACCCAACAACAACAACAACAACAAUAGAAACCCAAAUCAAAAUUACAGAGGAACAACAGAAUCAACGAAUUAUACUUGCAUUGGAGCACCAUUAGGACAUGGGUUUCCAUCAGAUGAUGGAAGUAGUGGAAGUGGAAGUGUCAGAAGGACGAUGGAUUUGUCAGCAUCACCAUCGGGGGGAGGAGCAGAUGAGUCAUUGAGUUGGGGUCGUAGCAGCUACGGAGAGAGAGGGACACAACAACAGCAGCAGCAGCAGCAGCGUUUGGAUCCUUGGAUUAAUAGGUUUCAAGAUGAUGAGUUUUAAGAUCUUUUUGAGUAGUGAGAGUAGCAGAAGUUAUCAGACAAUGCCGUGACAUGCCAUUCUCAAACAGAAAAAACCAAAAAAACAAAACUGACACAAGAGAGGGAGAGAGAGAGAGAGAGAGAGAGAGAGAGAGAGAGAGGGGAAAAGGGGUUGGUUCUCUUUUCAUAUCUUAACAUCUUAUGCAAGAAAGAGGAACCAUUUGGUUUUUCUAAGAUAUUUUGUCGGUUAUCUAUUUGAAAAUGAAAUUACAGAUGAAGGGCCAGCUUUUGAGCUCAUACAAAGAGUCAGCUAGUUUGGCUUUCAGCUGAUGAUGUCUCUAUAUGUUUGUGAGAAGGGUUUGUUUUGGAGGGAAACUGGUACUGCUUCAACUGUGAAAAGGAAACUAAUUAAGAAGUGGGGCAUGUAUGGAUUCUUCAAAGAGUCAAGGAUUUAGAUUUCUACUGAAAGUUCCUCAUCCCUUUUCCUUUCAUUUUGAGAUUUAUUAGAGAUUGUUUUGCAUGGGAAAAGAUUAUAUUAACUAUUUAUUAUUAUGCUUUCAUUCAUGUUUUUUCUUUCCAAACUUCUGAUUAUAAUUAAUGGGAACAUGCUCUCUCUCUCUC